AUGAACAGCGUGGACCUGGGAAGAUGCAAACGCAUCGUACAGUACCUCUGGGACCCUGAGCCCAAGAACGAUGAAGAGCCUAGUUCACCUAUAUGGUGCCUGGGCAAGGAAUAUAAUAGACAUGUACCAGUGACUACAUCAAAGGGCGACACCAGACCACAAAUGGUCGCUUUUGAAGAGGAUGGGCAUGAUCCAGAGGAUCUCGCACAAGACGCAACAACACAGACUCAUGAGACAGCCCUUGGGUGGCCAAAGGCAUUCGUGCGCGAUUUCGAGUCGAGGAUAUGGAUAACAUAUCGAUCCAACUUCGUCCCAAUACCGAGACCCCAAGAUCAUGACGCGAACCCGAACAUGACACUGAGCGUGCGGUUGAGAAGCCAGCUCAUGGAUUCACAAGGCUUUACGUCUGACACGGGAUGGGGCUGUAUGAUUAGAUCUGGUCAAAGCCUUCUCGCAAAUGGCCUUUCUUCUUUGCUCCUGGGACGCGACUGGCAGCGAGGGAGCAAGGCCGACGAAGAAAUACGACUGCUUUCUUUAUUCGCUGAUUUCCCGGAUGCGCCAUUUUCAAUACAUCGUUUUGUGGAGCUCGGUGCGGAGCGUUGUGGCAAGUAUCCCGGGGAAUGGUUUGGACCUUCGGCAACCGCACUCUGUAUACAGGCGCUCUGCGAGCAAUGCCAGGAACCGAAACUCAGAGUAUAUGUCUCUAACGAGAAUGCGAACGUCUACCAACACAAGUUUAUGGAGAUCGCUCGGGACGAUGCCGGAUAUAUUCGACCCACACUUAUCCUACUAGGCACCAGACUGGGCAUUGAUCAUAUCACUCCUGUAUACUGGGAUGCACUCAAAGCCGCUUUGCAGUACCCCCAGUCAGUGGGAAUAGCAGGGGGUCGCCCAUCAGCGUCGCACUACUUCGUUGGGGUCCAAGGAUCGCAUCUCUUCUACCUCGAUCCUCACCAUACCCGACCUGCCUUGCCUUAUCGCCCGGCCCACGAGCUUUAUAGCGAAGAAGAGCGUGACACGUAUCAUACCCGGCGUCUGCGGAGGAUACACAUCAAAGAUAUGGAUCCAAGUAUGUUACUGGGUUUCCUUAUAAAGAACGAAGAAGACUGGGAGGAUUGGAAGAAACGCGUUGAGGCCGGCCGAGGAAAGCCGAUUAUUCAUAUUCUAGGUGACAUGCAGCCGGAUUACGGCCUUGGCCGGGAAGAGGCACUCGAUGAGGUUGAAGCUCUAGAUGAUAUCGAUGGUAUGGUUAGUUGA